UUUGCGUCCGGACCGUUACUUCCGGGUGUCCCCCUAUGAAGAAAUCCUUUGACGUUUGACGCUUUUUUUGGUGCUUUCUUUCAAAAGGAAGAGGCUCAAAAGUCGAGAGUUGAUUAAAAACCACGUUGAGACAAUGAACCGAAUAUUCGGACGCGGGAAACCCAAAGCGCCUCCUCCGAAUCUGUCGGACUGUAUCGGCAGCGUGGAUGCCAGGUCAGAGUCCAUAGAGAAGAAGAUUGGCAGACUAGACGCUGAGCUCAUGAAGUACAAGGAUCAGCUGAAGAAGAUGAGGGACGGGCCCUCGAAGAACACGGUGAAACAGAAGGCCAUGAGAGUGCUGAAGCAGAAGAGAAUGUAUGAAGGUCAGAGGGAGCAGCUGGCUCAGCAGUCAUUUAACAUGGAGCAGGCAAACUACACCAUCCAGACACUAAAGGACACAAAAACAACAGUUGAGGCCAUGAAGAUCGGUGCAAAGGAAAUGAAGAGGGCUUACAAGGACGUGAAAAUUGAUCAGAUUGACGAUUUACAGGACCAACUGGAGGACAUGAUGGAAGACGCCAACGAGGUACAAGAGGCCCUGAGCCGCAGCUACGGCACUCCAGAGAUAGACGAGGAUGAUCUCGAAGCAGAGCUGGACGCGCUGGGUGAUGAGCUUCUGCUGGAUGAUGACAGCUCUUACCUGGAUGAGGCCUCAGCUGCCCCGUCCAUCCCAGAGGGAAUCCCCAGUGACACCAAGACGAACAAGGACGGUGUUUUGGUGGAUGAGUUCGGCCUCCCACAGAUUCCUGCCACAUAAACACGGGAGUGGACUAAAACAACUGCACUUCUUCUGAAAACACUUUUAUAUGUAGAGUAACACUUAUACAUGCAAAAAAAACAUUUGACCUGAAAAACACUACGAUUUUGAAGCCGUCCUGGACUUGAGUUGUGUGUUGUUACUGCUACUGUGCUAGCAUGUGGCCUUUUUAAAAACAACGACAUUAUUCUUCUUCUUUUGCCCUCUUCAGCCUCCUGUCUAACACUUGACCUCUUAUCCAUCGCCAGUAUUACCUAUUAUUAAUUUGUUAUUUAUUUGUUAUUAGUUUUGUGUGUUGUUUAGACAUUACCAAUCUGUUUGAGUUCUCAAAAGUGGAGAUGAUUCCCUAGCCUGGGACCCAUAUGAAUUUUGGGAGCUCAUUGGGAAGUGAUUGACCCUGGCAGAAAACAUACCGAUCCAAUCACAAACGAUUAUCUGAUAAUGGGCGGCGUUUAUACCACGACGCGCACGGAAGCGACUUUUGUAAACAACGAGGCUGCCGCUGACAAACAAGCAUUUGACUAAAAGUACCCGAUAUUUUUACAUUUCACCCAC